GCCGCGGCUGCGAGCUUUCCUUCACCGCGGCCGCGGCGAGCAAACAGCGCAGCAAACCCGGAACUUCAGAGCCGAAAUCUCGCGGCCAUGGGACUUCUCGCGGCCGCGGAGCUUCCCAUCGCCGCAGCCUGCGAGCCUCUCCGCGGCCGCGACCCACCGAAGACGAGCUCAAAAUGUGGUGUUUCCCGGAGACAUUAAAAGACCGAGCUAAGGCGUGGCUCAUGACCCUCACCCCAGAUUCUCUCACAACCUGGACAGAAGUAUACUCCAAAUUCAUUGGGAAAUAUUAUUCCCAUCAGAAGACCCAGGACAUCCGGUCCCAGAUAGUCUCUUUUGCCCAACUGCCGCACGAGCCUCUUCAUGAGGCUUGGGAACGCUUCAAGGACCUUCAGAGGCAGUGCCCCCACCACAACCUCGCUCCGGGGCUACUAGCGAAUUGUUUCUACCAUUCCCUCCACAAAAACUUGCAGUACAUGGUGGACAAUGCAGCUGGAGGGGAUAUCGGGGCCAAGACGGCUGAAGAGAUAAUUUCUAUCUAUGAGACGAUGAGUGCUAACUCGUCUCAUAAAAGUGUUAGAGGAAAGAGACCUGCAGUGAAUGAGAUUGGCUCGAGCAAUAAUGCCAUGGCCCAACAGUUAGCCGAGCUCACGGAGCAGAUGCGAUUAUUGAAUGCUCGAAGCUCCUCACCGAUUCAGACGAUGGCGGCAAAUGCUUGUGGUGCAUGUGGAGUGCAGGGACACAGUUCAGAAAUGUGUCCAUCGGCUAUGGAUCCGAGCUAUGGAGGACAGAAUGUAGAAGUUAAUGCACUUCAGGGAUAUCAGAACCGGCCCGGGAACGACCCCUAUUCGAACACAUACAACCCAGGGUGGCGAAACCACCCUCACUUCUCGUG